AUGAAGUACCUAUUCGCUCUCUUUCUCACCUGCCUUUUCGGCUGCGUCAUCUCCACCCCCAUCCAAGCCGGCGCACGCGACGUCCAAGGCGACCUCUUUCAAUCCGCUUCCGAGCUGUCAGAGAUGGAGGCCAAGAAGGUGCCCGACAACAGGAUCUCGAAGCCCAACGAAGGGUUUCUCGGCAGCGCCGUUAUACUUCCUGGGCUCGUGGGCGCCUUGGGAGACUUGUUCAAGGGCAUCGUGACCCAACACCUGCCGUUAAUUGGCGGCCUCGACAAAAGGGACUAG